GGGAAACAAAAUAGAAAGACUAUGAUUUAUCUCCGGUAGGAAUUGGGACAUGGAAAAUAGGGAAGUCAAGAGAAAGGGAAUGAUAAAAUAAAAGCACCCAACACCCCCCCGCAAAGGCCAUACACACUCGCAGAGAAGACAGAAACGGAAGCCACUCGCCUCGCAGCUCCAUCUCACGCCAUGACCGCUCCUCCGCCUCCCCCUUCGCGGCUCGACCUCCGCACCACCACUCAACUUCUCAAACGCACCGCCUCCUCCUUCUCCUCCACCCCCUUCACAUUCCUCUUGCUCUCUCUGCUCCUCUUCUCCUUCCGCACUGUUGUCGAGGACGGUACCCUUAUCCUCACCGCCUUCAUCGACCGCGAUCCUUCCCUCCGGGCUCUCCUCUCCCGCCUCGAUAUCGCCGGUAAGAACAUUCCUGCCACCCUCUCCUCUCCCCCCACCGUGAAUCCCCGUCACCGUCGUCGCCCCUUUCUCCACCUCACCCGCGUCGGAACCCUAGAUGAUGAUUUUUUCUCCGGAGAUGAAUAUGAUGAUCGGACCCUCUUCGGAGGUGGCCGGAGGACUCAAAUCAAUGGGAGUUUUCUGAGUUUAAGCCGUUUUGACCCCAAAUUAGGGUUUUCGGGUUCUGUGGAGGAUAAUGGAAUUAGGGCUUCGGAGAUUGUUCGGUCGGGGUUUUCGUUCAAAGGUGAGGGUUUAUUGUUUACGGAUGGGAACGAUGAUGAUGGUGAUGAGGGGAACCAGACGGUUGUUUUGGAGAAUAAAGAGGAAAGAGGGGAUUUUCCGUUCUUCAUCAAAGGAAUGGAUUUGGGCAGUCGUGAUUCCGCGGCGUUGUUCUUUCUUGUGUGUUUCUUGUCUGCAGCUUAUGGCUGGGUAAUUCUUGGAUUUCUGGUUACGUAUUCAUGGGUCCUUGGCAUUGUGUUCAUUUCUGUUGUUAAUGAUCAUCUGCGGAGGACGACUUCAUUUAUUGGGACAGUUUGGGAUGGUUCUAGAUUGGGAUUGAGGAGGCUCUCUGGGUUUAUUCUCAUGAGAUGGGCAGUUAGGGAUGGAAUGACUCAGCUUCUUGGUUUAUGGUUCUUUGGUGAAAUUGAAGAUCAAUAUUCAUUCUUCAAACUGUUUGUGAGGUUGAAAUUGAUGCCAUUCUCUGUCAUGUUGCCAUGGAUCCGGGGAUUCGAGAAGGAGAUUUCUGGGUUUCUGUUUAUAUGGUUUCUUUGGGAUACACUGGUAUCCUUUAUUUUUGCUGUGGAUGCUUGGGUUGCUAUAGUAGAUACAAGACGGAGUGGAAGGGAUAUUGUUAGGGAAGGUGUUUAUUUAUUAUCAACAAUGUUGAACCAAGCCAUUCAAAUAAAAUGUCUGGAAGCUAUAUUUUGCGGGUCUUUUGUGAGAUGGGCUCUGGCUAGAUUUUGUGGGAAAUUGUUUGCUGCAGUUUUUCAGUCAGUUGUUGAGGUUUAUUUUAUGGUGGCUUGGUUGAUAUUUUACUUUGCAGCAAGAUGUAGAGUUGCUAGUACAGAAGGAAGGAGGUUUGGGAGGAGAGAGUUGGAAGGUUUUAUUGAAGGCCUUAGAUGAUGAUAUCCCAUUCCAACUGAGUGGCACUUCACUUGCAGGCUUCAAUUGUAACACUCUAAAAUAGUGUGAGCUGAACCCCUCCCCACUGCCAUGUAUGGCUAAGCGUUGUCUAAACAAAGCUAUUAUUUAGGAGGAGGACUGUCUGCUUGAGGUGGCAAAAUCUGAAAGACUAACUACACCAUUAUAUGUGGAUAAUACCAUGUGAAGAGUGAAAAGAUGGUUGACACAGGGAGCACAAUAUGAGAAUUUGUUCACAGUUCACCAUCCAAGUUUCAGUCUUAUAUGUAUAUAUAUGUGUGACAACUAGUACUCAAGACUCUCAGAUGUGAUUUACUGUUGACUCUGGGGAGAGCCCAGUUCAUCCAGGGGUAGUCUGUGUGCAAAUUUAUUUUAGUAUGCCCUUAAUUACCAUAUAUUUGAUAACAACUCCAACAUGUGAUUCCCUUGAGCUCGGAUGUAUGUUCUGGUAUGACUUUUCUGAAACGUUUCUAGGAAUGGCUUUUGUGAAUAUUUUUCUUUUGAAGAGGCAUUUGGAUGAGGUUCUUCUGAUUAUGAAGCACUUUGCCAAAACCUUUGUGCCUUGUUGUAUAUCAAGUUUGACUUGCACUUUGUGGAAAACACUAGUAUUUGUCAUAAUUGCAAUUCUCUUUGCCUUAUUCCA